UCAGAUGACACUCCCGUAGCUCGCUCCGCCUCCAGCAUUCUAGGGUCUUCAUCACCGACAUGUAAUGGCGACCAAAACUUGACACAAUCAUGAAGUUCAAAAUUUUCGUCGUUGUCUUGCUGUUUGUCUUGGAUUGUUCCGAGAUAAACUCGGAGACAGGGCCUGAACACAAACCUGAGAAGCGACACACGGGGUCUGAAUUCGCCAAGAAAGCUCCAGACACAAAAGAAAAAUCCAAUGGGCCAAAAUUAAGUUCAAACGAGAAUCGGCCCCACGACGGCCAGAACUUCGUGAACCAAGCUCGGGCCUUCCGUGCUGAGUUGGAGGGAAGUGACAAAAGUGUUGCAGUCGACACCCAUGUUGCGCCGGGAAGAAGAUUCAGACAUCAUAAAACAUCCGAGACGCAACGGCUGCUGUCGCGUCGGAAACGUAUCCGGAGAGCCGCAAAAACCACCGAAUCCACCCCUGAGCAGACGACGACUGUUUUUGAAAACAAAAGUUCACUGGACAUCGAGAAGAUUGGCAUUAUCUGUGCAGCCAUCCUCGGCGGUAUCCCAGCACUCAUCUGUCUGUGUGUGGCGCUGAGGUCAUGUGGCUUAAAGAUCUGCUGUGACUGCUGCUGCAAGGAGCAGAACCCGCUCAGGAUUGGCUACAGCGGCUAUAAAUCAAAGUUCGCGAGGAGGAAACUGCAGAACUCGAAUGACCCGCAGAUCAGCACAAUCAGCGGGAAUCCGGACAUGGUGGAGAACCCGCUGAAGGAGUUUGGCAGUUACAUCAAAGCGUCCAUGUCGAAUAUCAAGAAUAGUUUACUGGGUUUAGGCGGUGGAGGAAAUACCCAGAGUAACCAAGGGUUACCAGAUGUGGAGAAUCCUGCUGUCGAUACCACUGCUUUCAACUCUGCCGACAUCACCAGUCGGCCGACCACCGCUGCGAAGGAAGAGGAGACAGAGGCUGUUGAGAAUGAAGAGGAGACAAUCGUCAGGCAGCCGACUAUCGACAACGACAGCAUAUCCGGGGAGAGUAGCGAGGUAACUGUGGAUGUGAACGCGCGCGAGUCCGAGAGCGCGAGGACAACACCGGACGACCCAGAUGAGACUGCGGAGGAGAUCAGGCCAGCUACGGGUCAGGCAAGACCCAUGACCGGAGUCAGGAGGCCGCCGACUAGCCAGGGGAGGCCAAUGACUGGACAACCACCGGACCUGCCGCCGAGACCUAAGACUGGCGCCAGGGCGGAAACACCAGGAUCUCGGCCAGGAACGUCAUCCAGACCUGGUACAGGAAGCGCUCUUGGAAGACCAGACACAGGGAAUGCCUCUCCUGGUGAAGUCCUCAUUAAUGAGAACUCGAUCCAAAUGUAAAUAAAUAUAUUUAAUGACUUGUUUUGGCUGGAUUGGGAACAAUUUGUGACCAUGUAAACGUAAAGGUGAAAUAACUUGACGGGUUGUGUGUCCGGGAUGAUAAGAGGAAUCUUAUCUCAGAAGCGAGUUACCUGAGUCCACGGAGGAGGAGGCAGUACCUCUGACAUAGCUUCGGAAACCGACUGCUCUGACCAUCCCGUCAAAUUUGUUGAUCUGAGACUUUUCUCUUCGGUAUGACACUCCUAUGGGAUGUAUCCGUCAAAUAUGGUUUAUUGUCAUUAGUUAUGAGAUUUAGAAAAGUGAUUACUGGUCAGUUUCACAUGUUGUUGAUGACAGUAUGUUCGUUGUAGCUGUUUUCUCUAGAAUUGAGUAGAUGUUGGUGACUGCCGGGAAAUCAUGAACUGAGAUGUUAGUUUUGUGUUCACUACUCUGUGUUGACAUAUUGGCAAGAUGUCGAAUCUGUGAUAACGCUUAGGAAGACGUGGUCCAGAUAAAACACCAAAUAUGUCAGCAAGCAGUCCGUCGUAUCCGCCGAGUAUGCAAACUGUGUUUAUGAACCAUAUAAUGUAAAGGUUGGGAAAUGGACAGUCGGUGCGACAAAGAUCAGGAGAAAAGACAGUCGUCUGAAUGCGUGUUAUGUCGGCUUCUGCCAAGUCCGCUGACAUGCGCAGUCAGGUUGUGCCAUUAUCUUUCUACAACGUCUCGCCUCAAAUACCACGUCCAACAUUACACAAACUUCUACAAUCACAGAAAAUGGCGUUUAUCUGGUUUACGUCUUGUCUUGCGUCCAAAGAGGCGAUAAUGUGAUGGCAAUGGUAGAUGCUGAAAUGGUCUUAUGGUUCUUGGUUGUGACUGAAAUUACGUGGUCCUCGUAAAUCGAUUGUUGCCAUGCACUGUAUCAAGACAAUCCGUUUGUUAAGGCACAACUGGUCAAGUUUGAACGAAGCAUACAUAUCGUUGUUGUAAACAAUCAUUGUGUCUCCAGUAGAUUUUAAAGUAAUCUUAUUCUGGCCUUCUGAUUGUGACUUUGUCCUCAUAAGACCGAUUUUGAUGAGGGGAAAUUUUGAAUCUGAGGAAUGACGCUGAUUUGUUAUUAUAUUCCAUUACAACAGGAAUUAGGUUGGGCUUGACUAGUCAUGUUAUUGAAGGAUAAUAAUGAGACCACGUUCCUGUUUACCUUUUUUCUAAAGGUUGUGACAAUGGGUGCAUUGUUGACGACACCGACUUUGCUAUAUGUUUUCUGUUGAUUUAUUGUGAAAACCAUGAUUUCCGAUUGGAUGGACGGGCAUUAGUUGUACAGAGACGUGUGUGACGUCAUCUUUGUUGUUUGUUGUGAAUGAAUUGGCUGUAAAUAUAGUAUUGAUCAAUGUCAA